UCGCCUCUCUCACUCGCCAGAAAUUUCGGAAUAUCUGCUCAUCUCUCUCAGUUUUCUCAAAUCAAAUCUCAGUAAAUUUUCCAAUCACUUUCUUUCUCUCGGCGCUCCAUUAUUCUACACCGGAAUCAGUAGUUUGGGCUUUCUCACUUCAACCCGCGAGCUUUGAUUUGGUAAUUCUUAGGAAAAGAUGAGCGACUAUAGAAGCUUCGGCAGUAACUAUCACCCGUCAAGUCAGUCUAGAAAGAUUUCUAUAGGAGUUAUGGCUGAUUCACAACCCAAGAGAAAUCCUGGGCCAGAUAAGGCUGAUGGAGAUGUUAUUGCAAGAGUAGAAAAGUUGAAAUCAGCCGCAGCAACUGAUUUACAGUCGAACAAGAAAGAUAAAGGUGAUUUAUCUGCCAGGCAAAGGAGUUCAGCUCAGGUCACAGGACAUGUGACCUCACCUUGGAGGUCUUCUAAUCGGAAAUUAGGGACUCUGGAGAACGUUCUUUGUAAGCAAACAUCUAGUUUUUCUGGUAGCAAGGGAGUAAACAAGGAACUUGAUGGAGUACAUCAGGCACCAGCUCGUGAGUCAUUUCAAGACUUUCCCAUCUCGAGUCCUCAGCACAGUCAUGGUGAGCUAAAUGGCGGCAGGAACAAUAAAGUGCUGGAUAUGAGUCCAGAAGGGAUGGAAGAACCUCCAUCUGCAGUCUUGCAGCAAAAGGUUGCAUCACAGAGAGAGGAGAUGGAACAGCCAGGGAAGGAGAAAAUUGGAAGUACUGAUGCUUUGAGAUCAAAACUGUGGGAAAUAUUGGGAAAAGCUUCACCAGCAAAUAAUAAAGAUGUGAAUUCUGAGACUCCAGAAGUGGUGAAGGCAAACUUAAAGCUGAGUCAAGACAAGGGCUCAUAUGAUGAUCCUCUUAUUAAGCCUAUACACAAUUCAGAUUCUAUAGAAACUGAUUCUGAAAGCCCUGAAGAUGCAGCCAGAAGGCCAGUAACUAGAUCUUUGUUGAAGAGAGUAGGAGCCAAAGGUGUCCAGAAGAGAACCAAAGCUGGUGCCAACACUGGUCGUAAAACCGCAGAACAAGUGAAUAAUAUAUUCUCUUUUGACGAAGGUUUCCGUGGAAAAGCUGGCACUGCUGCUAUGAAUUCCGCUGUUAUGCCUAAGAAACAAAGGGGUAGGAGAAAAAACACUGUUGUACAAUGCCGGAAGGCUCAUUCUCGCAGAAAGGAUGAAGUUGAUGGGAUUCGGAAGGAGGCGAGCAAGAGCAAUACUCCACCACAUUCCGAGAGCACGGAAACUGGCAAAAGAUCUUCAUUUUCAGACAAAAAGGGAAGUUCCCAUGAGCUUCAUCCACAGAGCAAAGCCUGGAAACAUAAACCAGAUAUUAGCACAAAGGAAAAAGAUUUUCAUCCAUCUCCAGAAGCUGAGACAGCAGCCACAGCAAAGAUGUUCCAGGGAUUAUCUAAAAAUGGUGAGAUACAGGAAAGGACGAGUAAUGUUUUCAUGGAAAACUCUGCUGAGCCAGAAAACGAAUUUCAGAGUCCAACAUUUGGAUAUAAAGCACCAAUCUCAAGUCCUUCCCCAUGUUUUUCUCCCGGAGUAUCUCCUUUGCAACCAAGGAAUAUUAGUCCCACUUUAGAUGAGACUGAAACACCAAUAUUUAGCUUCGGUACUAAAAAAACCUCUCAAGGGACAACAGGCCAAGCGUCAGAUAUAGAAAGGAGAUUACCUGAUUUCUUGGAGAAGAAAAGAGAUUCUUCUUUCAGAAGAGAAAGUUCUCCGGAGCAAAAUGAAGAUUUAGUUCUGUCAGAUCGGUCGUCUGACGAGGGAGACUCAGAUGGUUCCGGAGAAGAUUCACCAGUGUUGGGCCAUUACAACAGCCCCAAAGAAAGAGAAACUGCUAAUUGGAGUAAUGAGAAAUCUAAGUUAGGCUCUAGCUCAGCUAAACGCAACUCUAACUUUAAGGGCACUGGAUGUGUCGUGUUAAGUCCUCCCACGUCUUUAUCCGAAGGGAUCCAUAAAACUGAUUCCUUUCAGCAUUGUCCAGAAAUGGAUGAAGAUGAUGGCUUGGGAAGGGCUGUUGCAUUGUUCGCUUUGGCUCUUCAAAACUAUGAGAAAAAACUGAAAUCUGCAGCUGAAAAGAAGUCCUCAGAAAUUAUAGCAUCAGUCUCCGAGGAGAUACAUCUAGAGUUGGAGAAUGUCAAGUCUCAUAUCAUAACAGAAGCGGGAAAGACAAGUAACCUAGCCAAAACUAAGAGAAAGCAUGCAGAGACAAAAUUACAAGAGCAACAAGAGAAAAUGAGAAUGAUCCAUGAAAAGUUCAAGGAUGAUGUCAGCCAUCAUCUUGAAGAUUUCAAGACUACUAUUGAAGGGCUUGAAGCAAACCAUUCAGAGUUGAAAGGCAGCAUAAAGAAGCAAAGAACAUCACACCAAAAACUGAUCGCACAAUUUGAAGGAGGCAUCGAGACAAAGCUGGAAAAUGCGACCAAAAGAAUCAAAUCUGUCAACAAGUCUGCGAGAGGAAAGAUGGUGCAGCUGAAGAUGAUUGUGGCAGAAUGUUUGAAAGAUGAUGUGUUAGGGUGAGGCAGAGCUGAGAGCCUCAGAGAAUCUCUCAAUCACACGUAAGUCGUUAUUCUCCACUUAAAAAAAAAAAAAAAGAUUGAAGAGAGAUGGUGUCGUUUUGAAUUUACCUUUUUUCCAGUAGACCAGAACCGUCCUUUGGGUGUAGUGAGUGGUGUGUCAAUUGUCAUGCAUGAGUUGAGGCGAGUAAAGAAGAUGGUUGAAAUAGCUUAUUGACUCAUGCAUCCCGUAAAGAAAAAGUUUAAUAAUUUUAAUUUGUGAACCAACUAAAGACACAACCUUAUAUAUAUAUUAAGUAAGAUUCCUUUUUAUGAUAGCUAGCAGCAAAAGUGUGAAAUAUGAAGGAGGUUUGAUUCGUUUA